AUGUUGGCGGUUUUCGAGAAAUCGGUGGCAAAGAGCCCAGAGGGUCUUGAGAGUCCUCAAUCAAAUUCCGUUUCAGCCUUAAAAGAUGGGUUUCUGGCACAGCACUUCUCUUCCGUUCACCCUGGUUCUGUCACCGUUAAUCUUGGCACUUCGGGUCUCAUCGCCUAUUCUCUUCACAAGCAGAAUCCCCUCCUUCCAAGGCUGUUUGCUGUUGUGGAUGACAUUUUCUGCUUGUUUCAAGGUCAUCUUGAGAAUGUUGCGAAUCUUAAGCAACAAUAUGGAUUGAAUAAAACAGCUACUGAGGUGACCAUUAUCACAGAGGCAUACAGGACUCUAAGAGAUCGUGGUCCCUAUCCUGCUGCUCAGGUUGUGAGAGAUUUCCAGGGCAAAUUUGCGUUUAUUCUGUAUGACAGUGGUGCUAAGACUGCAUUUAUUGCUGCGGAUGCCGAUGGGAGUGUUCCCUUUGUUUGGGGAACUGAUGCCGAUGGAAAUCUUGUACUUUCAGAUGAGAAAGAGAUCGUUACUAAGAGCUGUGGGAAAUCUUUUGCACCAUUCCCCAAAGGAUUUUUCUUUACAACAGCUGGAGGUUUGAGCAGUUUUGAGCAUCCACUUAAUGAGGUGAAGCCUGUGCCGAGGGUUGAUAGUUCUGGACAUGUGUGUGGUGCCACUUUCAAGGUGGAUGAGGAGGCUAAGAAGGAAUCAACUGGCAUGCCAAGGGUUGGGAGUGCUGCCAACUGGUCCAAUAAUAUCUGA